UUUAUCGGAAUGAAGUAAAAGAUCAAUGCGAAUUUUAUUCAGUUAAAAAAUAUCUAACGAGAUAUCUCAGAGUUACAAAAAUGUGCUUUAAAACGGUAUUCUUAAUAAGUCUCCUCAUUAUAUCUUUCAAUAAAUGUCAUAGUAUUGAUAGUCGUGUGGAUCCUUUAGUCGACACUAAAGUUGGAUUGAUCAGAGGAUUGAAGGCUGAGGAUGGUGAUUAUUCAAUGUUUUUAGGCAUACCGUACGGAAAAGUGGAGGAAAGUAAUCCUUUCGGUCCUUCUUUGCCACAAGAAACUUUUGAAGAAAUAUUUGAAGCAUACGAUGAUUCUGCCAUUUGUCCUCAAAUUGAAGAAUUCAACAAAACAAACACUGGCACACUUGAUUGUCUCCAUCUUAACAUUUACGUGCCUGACGUCGCUAGUACAAAAUCUCCGGUUCCAGUCCUUGUAUGGAUAUAUGGCGGAGGAUUUCAAAUAGGAUUUGCUGGUAGAUUUUUGUACGGACCGAAAUACUUUGUUAGACAUGAUAUAAUUUUGGUUACUGUUAAUUAUCGUGUCGGACCCUACGGAUUCAUGUGUCUCAAUGAUCCAAAAGUACCAGGUAAUCAAGGUUUCAAGGACCAGCUCUUGGCACUGAGAUGGAUAAAAGAUAAUAUUGGUUCAUUUGGAGGUAACUCUAAUAAGAUUACAUUAUUCGGAGAAAGUGCUGGUGGAAUUUCAGUAGAUUAUCAUUUAUUAUCUCGGCAAGAAAAACUAUUUAAUAAUCUGAUAAUACAAAGUGGUACAUCAUUGUUACCUUCGCUCAUCGGUGAACCAGAAUCAACACGUACUUUUAAUUUAGCUGCAAAACUCGGCUUUGAAAGUGAUGACCUAAACGAAGCACUCGCUUUUCUUGCUAACCAAAGUCCAAAUUCUGUUAUAGCUGCUAUGCAAGGAACAGACAGAUUUUUGCCUUGUGUAGAAAAUGAUUAUGAAAAUGUGGAUAAGUUUAUAUUUGAUUAUACUUUUAACUUAGACAUUCCCAAAGUUAAAAACGUAGCAAUAUUAAUUGGUCAUAAUAGUGACGAAAAACUACCAUAUUAUAUUAUGGAAGAGAAUAUAGACUAUUUUGAACAUGUUGAUAUAUUUCAUGAUAAAUUCAAUGACGCUUUUAAUUUGAAUUCCACGGAACUAACUAAUGUAAUAAAUAACUUUAAACAUUUUUACAUAGGCGAUGAGGAAAUUAGUGAACAAGUACAAUCUGAUCUAAUAGAUUUUGAUUCAGAUUUUACCUAUAUUCAUCCGACACAAAGAAGUAUCAAACAAUAUACGGAUAAUAAUGCUGGUGACAUAUUUUAUUAUAUGUUUUCUUACAAUGGAGGAAGAAAUUUCGUCAAGAAACGCUUAAACGUAACAUUCGGAGGAGCAGCUCACGCUGAUGAGAUUGGAUAUUUGUUUGAUAUAUCUUACAUGAAGGAUGAACCUUCGCAUGAAGACCAACUGGUCAUUGACAGAAUGACUACACUUUGGGCUAACUUUGUCAAAUACAGCAACCCAACGCCUGAAUCUUCCGAUUUAUUACCUAUCGAGUGGAAGCCAGUGGAGAAUGAUAAAUUAUAUUAUCUUGAUAUAAAUGCUGAACUGACGCUGAAGAAAAGACCAUUUAAAGAAAGAAUGGCUCUAUGGGACCUAUUUUAUAAACACAAUUAUAGCUUCCAGAAAGGGUAUCGAAAAUAAACUAAUUAAAGCAAUAAAUUACACAAAAAAAAAUAAAAGAUUUAAAGUUAGAUUUGUAUUGUGCAACUUAACGGGAGAGUCUUGAAUUUUAUUAUUUAAUUUACCUUUGUCCAUACGUUUGAUUAUUAUAUAAUACUAAAUUAAAAAAAUAUAUUAGAGAAUCUGCUCAUCGUUACAAUGUUUAAAAAUCUAUAUCCCAAAGAUGCUUUUAGUCAACAAAUAUCAAGCUUUUUUUAUUUGUAGAAUAAUCACAAUAAUUGUCUAAUUAAAUUAGGAUUAUGUUCAGAUGGCUAUAUCAAAAAGGUAUAAAUAUGCAUGUUGGAUUGUGAAUUCUUAUGUUUCAAGCGUAAAAUAAAAUAUUUUAA